ACAGGCUGUGACCGAGGCGACGACGGCUUCCGCCAAGUCCGAGACCCGCUGUGAGGGCCUGGCGUCAAGCCUCAAAAAGCUGGAGGAGGAACUAACACAAGCUCAGCAGAAGGCUACGGAGGCAGCUCGGCUUAAGGAGAAGCUGGAGUCUGCUGAGGCGGAGCUGCAGCAUGUCAAGGCAGCAGCGCAGGCCGAGUUUGGACGCGUGCAAGCCGAGGUCAGCAAGGCCUUCCAGGUGGCGGAGCAGGUGCGUGAAGAGAUCAUGGCGGAGGCCGACAACCGCGUGCGCGCAGUCGAGCGAGCCGCGGCAGAGGCCACCGGCAGAGCGGAGGCCCAGGCAGCGGCCGCCAUUACUGCCCUGGAGGCGAGGCUGCGUGAGGCAGAGGCCGCGCGCUCGGAGGCUCUGUCACGUGCAGACGCGAGGGUUGCUGCGGCGGAGCAGGCAGCAGCGGCACAGUCGGCCAGUAGCGCGUCCAUGAUGGCAUCACUGCAGGAGGAGAUGAGCAAGGUGCGUUCAUUGCUGGACACCGCGGAAGCAGACCUGCGGGCGCUUAAGGCGGACCGCGCUGCUGGGCUGCAGCAUGUGGCCAGUUUAGACGCGCAGCUUCGCCGGGCAGCUGAGGAGGCGGUGCGCUGGCGCAAGUCCGCCGCGCCGCGCAUUCGUGACCGGAUGGUGAUGCUGGCCAAGUUGCGUGUGCUGCGGCGGAAGCGGGCGGACCUGGUGGAGCGGCUGGCUGCAGAGCGGCAGCGGGGCGCGCGGCUCAGCGCGGCCGCGGAGGCGCGCCAGCUCAAGCUCAAGCAGGGCGCGGCGCAGCUACGGCAGCUCCAGAUCGACAACGUACAUCUCAGCUCACGGCUGCAGGAGGCGGAGAGCCGAGCCGCGCGGGCAGACGCACUGCUGCCCCGCAUGGAGGACCGCAGGAUUGCCCUGGAGCAAGACCGCAAGUCGCAGUCAGAAAAGCUGGCAAAGCUCUCCGGCCAGCUGGCAGAGGCCACCAAAGCGGCGGAGGCGGCGCGCAAGGCUGAGGCGACGGCUCGCAAGGAGCUGGAGCGCGUCAUGCGUGAGCAGCUGGAGCCGCAGCAGAAGCGCACCGCGACAGUGCUACAAGAGCUUGAGCGGGCCGCGGCGGCGCUGCAGGAGAGCCAGGCGAACGCAACGCGGUUGCUACAGCAGGGCGAGUCGCUGCGCGCUGAAGUGGAGGAGUUGCAGCACAUGCUCGAGCACGAGCGUGACCAAGCCCAAGAGCAGCUGCUGGUGGCAGCUCGGGACGUUACCGAUCGCGACGCGGUCAUUGCGGACAUGCGGCAGCAGCUGGCCGUCGCGCAGGCGGCGGCCGCCGCUGCCGCGUCCCUGCUGCCGGCGGUGCAGUCCGGCCAGCUCAGCGAUGCAACAGCAGUGCAGGUGCACCUCAUAGGUCAGCUGGGUCAGCUGCAGGCGGCAAACGUGGAGCUGGAGGCGCGGCGCGCGGCCGUGGAGGCGGAGUUGGAGGUCCUGCGCGUGCGCAUCGGCCGAGCCGAAGCCGGCCUAGCGCGGCCCGCAACAGCAACUGGGUCGCACUCCAUGCACACUGUAUACGCCGCGCCGCAAGGCGGCCAGGCCCAGGUGCUCGCACUUGACAACCUGGCCGCGAGCGUCCGUAGCCUAGCCGGUGUCGCAGCCCACCAUAGCUACGCCGCCGGUCGAGACGACGGCACUGCCAGUGUUGCUGGCUCCUACACGCGCGACGCGGCGGGCUCGGACGUCAUCGCCGCCAAGGACCAACGCAUCCACGAGCUUCGUGCGGCGCUGGCGUCGGUGAUGUCUGACCGGACCGUGGCGCAGAAGGAGGCUGCGGCGGCGCGUGACGAGGCCGUCCGUGCAGCUGCCGCCAGUGCCGAAGCCGCAGCCAGGGCGGCAGCGGAGGCAGAGGCCCAGUCCAAACGAAUUCACGAGCUGCAGGCUGAGGUGGAGCAAGCCGCUGCCAACGUCAGCGCGCUCCAGGCGGCGCUGCAGGAGCGUGAGCAGCGUAAUACUGCCGCUCUUGAGGACCUUCAGGCGCAGCUGCGAAAAGCGAUUGAGCUCGCGGACGCACAGCGCGCAGACGAGCUGGCAGCUGCUCUCACUGAGGCGGAGGCGCAAGCCGAGGCGCGCGAGGCUUGGUGGCGCAAGGAGCUGGAGGGAAUGGAGGCGCGACAGCGCGAGGCAGCUUCACAGGCCGAAGCCCAUGUGCACAGCGAAGUAGGCGCAGUCGAGACACGGGCACGCGCAGACGCAGAUGCGCGGGAGGCGCGCUGGCGCGAGGAGGAGGCGCGCUGGCGGGAGGACGCCCGCAGCGCGGAGGCCAGGUGGCGGCAGGACGCUGAAGCGCACGAGGUGCGCGCACGCGAGGCGCUUGACGCGGCUGAGCGCACCGCCAAGCAGCAACUGGAGGAUGCCCGUGCACACGCUCAGCAGCAGAUCGCUGCGCUGGAGCAGCGGCUUCGCGCGGAGGCGUCGGCAAGCGAGAAGCGUGUGCGUGACGCGGAGCGGGCUGUGGCUGAGGCCAUGACACGUGCCGAUGAGCGGACUCGUCAGGCUGAGCGUGCGCGCGAGCAGCUAUCGCAGAUGCAGACGCUGCAUGCGUCAGCGGAGGAGGCGGUGAAGCAGCUCACGUCGCAGCUACGCGAGCUGCAGGCGGGAGGCAGCAGUGCAGCGCAGUCGGCGGCCGCGGAGGCAGCGGCCCUGUCCGCGACCGUGGACACCCUGCGCCGCGAGGCCACCCUUGCAAAGGACACCGGUGACGCUCACGAACAGGAGGUGAAGCGGCUACAGGCGCAGCACGAGGCCGCGGCGGCGCUGGGCCGCUCGCUGGCGUCACAGCUGCAGGGGCUAAGUGAGGACCUUGCGUCUGCACGCACGCGCAUUAGCGUGCUGCAGACAGAAGUGGCAACGCAGCAGGCGGAGCUCGACACGCUGCGGCAGACCAAUGCGACCCUCAAGGCGAGCUUGGCGGCCGCAGAGGACCGGCACUUGGACAGCGAGGCGCAGCUGGUGGAGGCCGAGCAGUCCCUAUCCAGGCAGCAGGGGCUCGUGCGCCAGGUUCAAUCAGAGAAUGAACGUCUGCAUGAGCAGUACAAGGAGCUCCAGCAGCAGCUGCAAAAGCUGACGCAGGAGCGCAGGUCGGCCAUGAUUGCUUCGGCAGCAGCCGCGGCCACAACGCCGCUGACUGCUCGGGAAGGAGCUGCAUCAACUGCAGCGGGCAGCCCGACGCGCAGCCGGGCAGCACCCACUGCUGCUACGCCAGGCGCAGCAGGCCGGCAUGGCACCGCGUCAGCUGCAAGGACGCCAGCUGCAUCCGUGGCCGUCAGCGCCCGCGGGCGGCAGGUGGCGGCAGCGCUGCUGGCGGCGGCGGGCUCGCCGGGUGCCGAGUCGUUGGGCCACGCUGCGGCCGCUGCGGCAGGUGACCUGGAGCGCCAGCUGCUGGAGGUGACAGUCGCUGAGAUGCAGGCCAAGUUGGAGGCCCUGCAGGGGGACUUGUUUGCGGCCGAGGCACGGUCGUCACAGGAGGACCACAACUCGCAGCUGCUGCACAUGGAUCUACAGGCAGCGGUGACCCGCAUGCGGGCAGCAGAGGGCAAGGUUGCGGACCUGCAGGUGCAGCUACAGGCAACGGCAGCGGGUACGGCCGAGGACGUGGGCGCUCUGCGGCAGCAGGUGUUGGACCUGGAACUGCAGCUGGAGGCACAGCGUGACCGCGAGCAGGCAGCGCAGGAGGCCGUGGCUCGAGCCAGCGCCCGGUGCGAGGAGCUGCAGCAGCAGGCCGCGACCACCGAGCGGCGCGUGGAGGCGCUCACACACGAAUGCGAGGACCGGGACCUGGAAAUUGGAGUCCUGCGGGCACAGCUGGCGUCGGCCUCGGCUGGGCGGCUCGCGGAGGGCUUGCAGGACCAGUCCCGGCAGACUUCACAUGUACAGUCGGCCCUGGAGCUUCAGGCGCGGCAGCAGGCCAUUCUGGUGGACUCCCUGCAGGUCGAACUCCAAACGAUGCUGACACGGGCUGAAGCAGCCGAGACGGCCCUCGCAGAGACCCGCUCGGCAAUGGAUGCGCUCCGGGCGGAAGCUGAGGGCGCCACGCGGCAGCGCGAAGUGGCGGUCACGGAGGCAAAGGCAGCGGCGGAGACGCUUGCCAAGCUCCGAGGCGACUCCAGCAAGUAUGCGGAGCGCCUGUCCAACCUUGAGGCGGAGCUGCUGGAGGCGCAGGCGGCCCGCGACAAAGCUGUGGGACAGGUCCGUGCCGCUGAGGCCCAGGCGGAGGAGGAGCGGUCGGAAGUCAGGUCAUUGCGGCGUCAGCUGCAGGCGCAAGUGGAAGCAGGCAACGGUAGCCGCAGCGAGGCCGGCGGUGCGGCGUUCUCGGAGCGUGUGGCGGAUUUGGAGGCGGCACUGGCAGCUGCCAGACAGCAGGCUCGGGACGCUGAGGACGCUGUGCUCGAGGCUGCAGCGGCACAGGUCCGAGCAUCUGCGUUAGAAACGCGCACGCGCGAACUGGAGGUGGCGCUUACUGAUGUGGAAAUCCGAUUGGCCGCGGCUGUGGAGGCGGAGACGCGCGCCGGGGGCUCACUCGUCGCGCAGCGCGAGGCCGCGCGCCAGGAGGUCCAGGAGCUGCAGCUCCAACUGCGUGCGGCUGCUGACAAGUUGGCCCUCAGCCAGCAGCAGGUGCAGGACCGCGAGGCCCGGCUCGAGGGCUACGCCGGCCAGGUGACGUCCAUGUGCAAGCAGACGGAGGUGCUGGAGGCUCAGCUGCGGGAGGUGCGCCAACAGCUUCGUGCCGCCAUGCAGGAGCGAGACAACUACCGCAAGCAGGCGACCGCCUCGAGUCUGGAGCUAGAGUACAGCGAAGGUGCGCGCAGCGCCCGGCACAACGACGACGCGUCGAGCGUGGAGGGCGGCACACCGCAGCUGGUCGGCAUGCUCACCGAGAACCGCGAUCUACUGGACAAGAUUACGACUAUGCACAACAAGCUCAAGCUCGCACGUGCCAAGAUCUCACAGCUGGAGCAAACCGUCCGCAGCCGGGAUGCUGAAGCCGCAGCUCGGCGAGCUGAAGCAGCUUCCGCAUCGACAGGGCCCGGCAAGCUCGUUAGCGGCUCAGUGCACAAUUCUGGGCCAUUGAUAGAUGCUCUGCGCGCGGAACUCCAAGCGUAUAAAGAUGCGCUGAGGUCGGCUCAGGAUGAGGCUGCGGCCAGCGCAGCUGUCGCUGCCGAGGCGCAGGCGCGCUGCGAGGCCCUGACGCAGCGGCUGGCACAGGAACGGGGGCAGCAUGCCUCACGCAGCCAGGCGGGCAACCACACGGAAGAGGCACUUACCCCAUCCACACAUCAGCGCAUCAACAGCUCACGCACCGGAGAGGAUGAUGGCGGCAGCGACGGGCUGCUGCAAAAAGUCCGGGCGCAGUAUGCGGAAAUCGAGUCCUUGCAGACCGAGCUUCAGUCCGCAAACGCAAAACGGACUGAGCUCGCUCGGCAGGCGGCGGCGCUUGGGCAGCGCGUGGCAGAAUCCGAGAUGCGGGAGCGGGAGCUGUCAUCUGAGGGCGAGAUGCUGCGGCAGCAGCUGGCGCUGGCGCAGCAGCAGCUCAGCAGCCGGCAGGCCCUGCUGGAUCAGCUGACGUCGCAGCACAAGCAGCAGCUGGGCUCACGGGCCGCGCCUGGGAGCCCCGCGGGGCCAUCCAGGUCCCAAGACUCGGGCGCAGCGGGCUUUCUGGCCACCCUGUCCGUGAGCUCCGGCUCGCAGGUGGCCUCGUCGCAGCAGCAGCUGGUGUCGGCACAGCAGUCCGCGCAACAGGCGUCCAAGCUGGACCGGGUGGUGGCUAUGUGGCGGGACGCGUGCAGGGCCAAGGAUGCCCAUAUGCAGGAGAUGCAGGCUGACCUGACCACCUUCAGUGCCCAACUGGAGAAAGUGCGCGCGGAGGUGUCGUCCUUGACAGCACAGGUUGUGGAGCGGGAGCAGGCCCUAGGGGCCGCCACGCGGCAGCUGGACCUCACGCGUCACAGCUUGGAGGAGCAGCUUCUAGCGGCGGAGGAGAAGCUAGCCGUUAGGUCACGGAAGCUAUCCGAGGCGGAAGACGAACUCCAGCGGCGCGACCAGGAGCUGCACAGCCUCCGGACGCAGCUGCAAGCCACGCAACGGUCUCUGGUGGCGCUGCAGGAUGAAAGUGACGGGCACCGCGAGGCGGCAUACACCUCAGCGUCACAGCUGGCCGAGGCGCAGCAGCAAGUGCAGCACCUACAGGGGGAACUGCGGCAGCUCCACCGUGACAGCAGCGCCGCCGCGCAAAAGGCGCAUGAAACUGCGGGGCAGGUGCAGCCGCUGCAGGAGCAGAUGUCGCGUGCAGAGGCGCAGGUGGCGCAGGUGGCUGCCAUGCUGCGGGGCGCUCUCGCCACCAGCGCAGCGUAUAACACGGAAGGCCAUGCCCUGGCAACCCCAGGGAACCUGCCCACAUCGCUGCGCUUGCUGGAGGAGCUCGUCUCGGUGCUGGUCGAGGAACUGCAGCGCCGCACCAAGACCGUCAGCGAGGCGGAGUCGGCGAUGGCAGCGCUGCAGUCGCAGCUGGCGGCGCGGCAGGACGACAUCAGCCGCCUGGAGGCGCGGCUAAAGGCCAGCCAGGACGGAUUGGCGGCGCGGCUGGACGAGCUGUCCCGGCUGCAGACGGCGCUGCGGCGGAAGGAGGCGGACUGCGAGGCGGUGGAGGCGGAGAUUGCGGCGCAGAUCGGCGACUACCAGCGCCUCAAGCAGCGGCUGCUGCAGCAGGAGAGGGACAGCAGCCGGCUGUCGGCUGACCAGGAGUCAAUGCUGCGGCGCUGCGACGAGCUGGAGGGUGCGCUCGCAGCCAAGCAGGAGGAGUGCGCGCUGCUAAACAAGAAGUGCGCGCAGCUGGAGGAGCAGUGGCAAGCAGGGCGGGCGGCUCUGGCGGCGCUCCAGGAACGAGUGCGCUCUCUCGAUGCCCAGUCCGAGGUGCUGCAGCGCAGCAACCAGACUGCGGCGCUCGCACGCCAGGACGCAGCGGCCUCAUUGGAUGCAGCGCGAUCAGAGCUGCGUAGCGUGGCGCAGCAGGCGGCGACUUACCGAGAGCAGCUAGAGCAGCGGAACAACGAAAUCAGGGAGCUGAACUCCAUGCUGCAAGCCUGGGAGGCGAUGCGGCUGGGCAAGGACGCUCAAAUUGCGGCGCUGCUUGAGCGCUGCAAGCGUCAUGAGGAAGACGCUGCGGAGAAGGCGCGCACUGUCGAGGCACUGCGACGCAAGCUGCAGGCCUUCGGUGCCGCACCAUCGGGGCGGCCCAGCAUGGGCGCGGCAGCUGCGGCUGGCAGCCCCAACAGCAGCUCAUACGGCACGCCGCUGGCACCAGCGACCCAUGAACUGCAAGCACCUGACACCCAGCGCUCUGUGCAGUCGACGCAGUCACGCAGCGCAGGCGUCGGAGGCAGUAAUAUGGGGGCGCGGCACAUACAUGUGCACAUGCAUGGUAUCGGAGCGCCAGCCAUGUCACCAGCCGUAUCUGGGACCGGCUCAACGAUGGCAGCAGGGUAUCGGGGUUGAGGAAAGGUGUUCGUGGGCGUGUGUACAUGGGGUAUGUAGCAGUGUCGGGAUCAUCACGGGCUUGCGCCUCUGUUACGGUGACAAACAACGAGUGGCGGUCAUCCUUGGUGAGGCGUUUGGCGUGGCCUGGCGUGGCAUUUGCUUGCAUGUACCCAUUGGCGCAGCUGGGCUUGUGGAGAUAUCACCCGGGGUGGGACGGAAAUAUUGCGAAAUAACUUUACCAUGCAUCCAUGACAGCCGGUACGCCGGUACAUUACCACAAUGUAAUCAUAAUGCGAA